AUGCCGAAAAUCGCACCUGCACAGAUGCAGACACCAGAAAUUGUGUCUGUGCCGACGCCGGAAAUCAUGGCCGCGCAUGCUCAUGAGCACGGAGGGAUAUCCGUUGGAGUGAACCGGCCCAAGCGAGAACACUUCUGUUGUUAUGACACUCUUCUUCUCAUUCACAGGUUCCAAGGUGUCAUCCAUCUUUCUCUUUCCUGUUUUCUAUUGAAUAUGGUGCCCAGGAUCUUAUGUAUUUUCAUUGCCAAUACAUUGGAUAUUUCUGCCUUCCGAAUCCAGCGUACGGGCAGUACAGAUAAUUGCCAAGAUCACACCGUGCAUUUCAGGCCCACUUUUGUACUGGCAGGAGAACCAGUGGUCCUCAGAUGCCCUCCUUUGAGAUACAAACAUAUGGAUGCUUUUGAUCAGCCCUUGAAUCUCACCUGGGGGAAAAAUGGUUCAGCAACAAUUAUCCCUGCAGGAUACAGAGAAACAAGAAUUCUCUUACAAGAUGAUGCUCUUUGGUUUUUGCCAGCUUCCGCUGAGGAUUCUGGGGAGUAUAUCUGUACUCGAAGGAAUUCUUCUUACUGUGCUGAUGUGUCUGUUCCUCUCACAGUUGUGGAGAAAAGCGCUGUUCGAAAUAUUUCCUAUCUCCAGAAGGCCUUCACAUUUAGUCCUGGAAAGGUUGUCUGUCCCGCCUUGGAGAGUUUUGUACAAAAGAAUACAAACUACGAACUCAAAUGGUACAAGGACUCAACACCUUUGGAUAUUGACAAUAAAAAAUUUGCUGUUUUGAAGGGCACAAAUUAUCUCAUCAUAAACUCUGUGUCCUUGGAUGAUUCAGGCUACUAUACUUGCCAGCUGACCUUUCGGCACAAAGCGGGACAAUAUAACAUCACCAGGACCAUUCAGUUAGAAACACUUGGCCAAAAGAAGAGAAGCCGGCCUGUGAUUGUCUACCCAAAUGAAAAGAUUACAUUAGCAGGUCUCGGUUCUCGACUGACAAUGAUAUGUAAAGUGCUUACUGGAGAAAGCAGCCAUUUUUAUACUGAGGUUUGGUGGCUAGCCAACAAGACUUACAUUGGUAGGCUUUAUCAAAAGGGCAGAGUUACAGAAGGAGAACGUCAGGAACUUGUAGAAAAUGAUGAAAAUUACAUUGAGGUGCCCUUGAUUUUUGACCCUGUGCAAGAAGCUGAUUUCAAUACAGACUUCACAUGCGUUGCCCAUAAUAGUCUCGGGCAUGAAAUACGUGCAGCACAAGUAAAGCCACAAGAACGCGAUACGUCUUGGUACUUGGCACUCAUUCCUGUGGCUCUCGUUGUCGCGAUCGCGGGAGGAGUGUGCCUGCAUAAAUGUUGGAAGGGAAGAUCCGCAAGGGGAUAUAUUGCAACCAAAUCCUAAAGGACAAAAAUGUUCUUCUUUUAGCAUAAAAACAAACAAACCGCUCAGUAAUCUGCUCCAAUAUAUCAAGAAGAAACCUUUUGGAUGAAAACAAAAAUCACCCAAGACAUUUUGCUGGCAGAGGCAAGGAAAGCCUGAUGUAAUUUCCCAUGGUGGUAAAAAUAUAUAUUAAUGAAAUAAAUUGCAAAUUGUUGCCAGUUAAUUUACCUCUCAAAUCUGCUGCUUGAGGCUCCUCAUACUAGUCAGAAAUAAGGCUGGUCCUUGCAGAAGCAGG